AGGUGUCUGUUGUGUACUGUAUAGUGCACGAGGACAGGGGGCGUGGCUUUAUUCCGGAUUGAACCGGACAGAUAGGGACUAUUUAUGAGGGUCAGCGGCGGCUUCAGCUGUAAACACUUCAUGUCUGCAGCUAUAAAGGCGAUGUCGAAGUUUCGCCUGGCAGUGGUGCAGCUGCACGUAACAAAGUUAAAGUCUGAAAACUUGUCUCGUGCUCAGAAGCUGGUGAAGGAGGCAGCAGGUCAGGGGGCGAAGCUCGUGGUCUUACCUGAGUGUUUUAACUCUCCGUACGGAACCGGAUACUUCACCAAGUAUGCCGAGAAAAUUCCAGGAGAAUCGACGCAGAUCCUGUCGAAGGUGGCUGAGGAGUGUGGGGUUUAUCUAGUGGGAGGUUCUAUUCCAGAGGAGGAUGAAGGGAAACUCUUUAACACAAGCCCAGUUUUUGGUCCUGAUGGGAAAUUACUGCUUAAACACAGGAAGAUCCAUCUGUUUGACAUUGACGUUCCUGGAAAAAUCCGUUUCCAGGAGUCUGAGACACUGAGUCCUGGGAGCAGUUUGUCUGUGUUUGAAACCCCAUACUGUAAAGUAGGAGUGGGGAUCUGUUAUGACAUUCGCUUUGCAGAGCUCGCACAGAUCUACGCACAGAAAGGUUGCCAGUUGUUGGUUUAUCCCGGAGCCUUUAACAUGACCACCGGACCUGCUCACUGGGAGCUGCUUCAGAGAUCUCGGGCAGUCGAUAAUCAGGUGUACGUGGCCACGGCUUCACCAGCCAGAGACGAGAGCGCCAGCUACGUGGCCUGGGGUCACAGCUCGGUCGUUAACCCCUGGGGUGAAGUGAUAACCAAAGCAGACUCGGAUGAAAGUGUAGUGUACGCUGAUAUCGACCUGCAGUACUUGUCAGACGUGCGUGAUCAGAUCCCGAUCACAAGGCAGAGACGUAACGAUAUAUACGCCGUUAACGUCGUUAACGAGGGCUGAGUCUGCGGAUUUUUGUAGGGCAGGAAUUCUCACUGGAUGGGAAGGCAGUUAUAAUCCCAGUAUGGAUAUGACAGUCUCUUUCCUUAUAUAAUACCAAUAAAUCUGAUCUGGUUAUAAUUCCUGAAAAUUAACUUUAAUCUGAAUAAAAUCUCUUUAGUUUCUGUUUCAAAUAUAGUCCUGAUCAUUCAGAUAAAAUUAUUUUUUAUACCAGAUCUAAUCCUUAUAGUCCCUAUCCAUACACAGUGUUCACUAUAUGCCGGAUAUAGUCCUGUAUGGAUAUGAGAAUUGUUGUACGUUUGAACAGAAACCAUCAGGUGCAACAGGUUUAACCAUCACAAUGUGCCUGAAAGACCUUCAUGUAGUUAUCUUUAAACAAUGAAGGAACUACAGAACAUGUUUAUACUGAAAUACUGUGUAUGAUUGACAGCUCGGGUGGAUCCUGUUUAACAGUUUAACCCGAAUGAAUGAUGUUAUGAUUUAACUGUGACAAUGGUAGAAAAAUAAAAUACAUUUCUAUCUCA